CGCCGUUUGCCCGAAGAUUGCAAGAAACCCCCGAGCUGUCGGCUCUUUUUUUUUCUGCCGCUGCACGCCGCACUCCACGCCCCUCGACACCAUUUCAGAAAAGACUCCCGACGGCACAGUACCUUCUGCUCACCAUGGACGUCAAAGCCGCCGUACACAGCUUCCACGAUCUCGUCAAGGUCAUGGAGGACGGCUACAGUCACACCACCCAACACCACCACAUGGACCCACGCACGAGCGCACCGUCGUCCACCAUAGCCAUGGACGGCCUGAAGAAGAAGCGAAAGCUGAAAAAGUGCAUUGUCCACGCCUGUACGAGCGGCGCACGAUCCCGAGGACUUUGCAAAGCCCACGGUGGUGGCAAACGGUGUGGGACAGGCGGGUGUAACCUAAGCGACCAAGGUGGUGGGUUCUGCAUUCGGCACGGCGGCGGCAAACGCUGCGAACACGAUGGAUGCGACAAAAGUGCCCAGAGCAAACGAUUCUGCAAAGCGCAUGGCGGCGGCGUCCGAUGUGACGUCUCUGGUUGCAUCAAGUCGAGCCAAGGCGGCGGAAAGUGCCGCGCCCACGGCGGCGGUCCCAAGUGGAUGCGCCCGUCCGGCAGCACGAGCGAAGACGACGCGUCAUCUACAACGGGCUCCGAGUCCGUAUCGUCCCAACGACCAUCGGUCAAUUCGUCGUCGACGACCACCGCCACGUCUCGGUUGUCGCUGUCUGUGAUUGAAAAGAUCAAGUUGAAAUCAUCGUUGGCAAAAAGUAGCGCCAACGUGGGCACCAUGUCCCCGCUGCGAAAAGACAUGCCGACCCUCAAGACCCCCGCGGAGACGCUCCUGCGAUUCAAACUCCCUCCGCUAUCCAUCGCCCUUCAAGACAAGCCACAACACGACGCGUCGUCGUACUUUACGCCCACGACGGAAGACGGGUCGUUUUCCCACCCAAACCUGUACGCUUCGAGUGCGGAUCAUUUGUCCUGCAUCUACCUCACAUGCAAACAAGACCAAGCGUCCAGCAGUGGGUUUUGUGCGUUCCACGCCGCGCAAUUUUGCUGCCAAGUCGCUGGAUGCGUCGACAAGCCCGUGCGCGGCGCCUCAUUGUGUGCGUCGCACCACGCGUCGUCGACUCUGGCCAAGUGCCUCCUGCAUCUGACACACUAGCUGCUACCACCGUAUGUAGUAGUCGUAAUUAUGUGAAUGACCCUCGUAUUUAUGCCA